GGAAGGUUUGAGUGGCACAUCGCGAGUUUGGGGAGUCAGGCGGUGGGUGCCCUGUGCAGGGAGCCUGGUGAGCGAACGCGGUCGUGAGGCGGAUGCGCAAAGGGAUCCUCGCCGGGGUACUUGAAGGCAAGAAAGGAUGGCUGACUUCCCUGAUGUAAGUUCUGUGGCUUCAAAGCUAAGAAAUACACUCAUCCAGUACUACAACACCGAAGAUGGUGAAUGGAGAAUGAUUAAAACCACAAAAAAGACCACGAUUUGGCGUAAGCCAUCAGAAGAAUUCAGUGGAUACCUCUACAAAAUACAAGGAACUGUGGAAGAUGUUGCCAACAGAAUAGUGGAUCACAUACGUCCAGGACCGUAUCGGCUACACUGGGACAGCCUCAUGACCUCAAUGGAAGUUGUUGAAGAGUUUGAAGAGAAUUGUUGUGUGAUGCGUUACACCACUGCUGGCCAGCUGUGGAACAUCAUUGCACCAAGAGAAUUUGUCGAUUUUUCCUACACUACGGACUAUGAAGAUGGGCUUCUGUCAUGUGGUAUUAGCCUGGACUAUGGUGAAGUACGGGCUUCUUUUGUCCGAGGAUUCAAUCAUCCCUGUGGCUGGUUCUGUACUCCCCUCAAGGAUCAUCCUGGACACAGUCUUCUGACUGGCUUUAUCCAGACGGAUCUGCGUGGGAUGCUCCCCCACGCUGUGGUGGACACUGCCAUGGCUAGCACACUGACUACCUUUUAUUCUGAUCUCAGAAAAGUGCUGAAAGCGUAACGGGGCUGGUGUUUAAUCUAGCAACCACUGCAGCAUAUAAUAAAACUCAGGGUGUGUUGGAAGCCUCCUACACGAAGAUCAGCAGUGUUUUCCUUAGAGGUGCCAGGAGUUGCACCGACCAAUUGGAAGCAUGUUUCCUUCAACUUAGGUCUCACUGCCAAGUACUUGCCAAGUAUUGGUUGGAUCAUGGCUGUGGAAAAGUUACUUGUUUGUUCCAGAUAAUGUCUGGAAGAUAUGCACAUGCCCUAGCUCAAAAUACAAUGUAUGUUCUUUGCUUUCUUGUCUCAAAUACACAUCCAGCCCACAAUCAUUAAAGCUGAGACUGUGGGUGGAUUUGAAAGGAUCUAGGUUGGCUUACACUCAGGCCCCUUAGAGCUAAGUAGUCUGUGGAUCAGUUCAUUUGUUUGUGAGUGGCCACACGUUCCAAUACUGCAAGAGAUCUACAUUCACAGAUUCCUUUGCAGAACUGGGAAUGUUGUAUGCUGAUUUGUACAGUCACCCAUAAUGAUAUGAGUUUGCAUGUGAGGCUCUUAUAGGGGUGAGGAAUCCACAGUGGGGAUGGUGGUGGUGGGGUCAUAUCUGAUCCAUUGCACUGUGGUUAGGAAUGGCAUACAUGCAUAUGUUAUACAUAUGUGUGCUUUCUAAGGAACAAACAGUGCAAAUGAAGCCCAGUGCUUCUAAAACCUGAGUGACAUCACAGACCUGAGGAUAAAAGCGGUCUUGCCACUUCUGAUUGCUGCUUGUCCAAUAUUUUACGAUCUUUAAUUUUAAAAUGCGUGGUUGAAAAUUGUGCAUCCAGGAAGCUUUCCUCAAAUCUUGAGAUUUAUAUGUGGCUUGAGUGAUUGGUUUUGGUAAUUAUACUUCUGCACUGUUAAAAAGGUGUCUUUAUUUAAGAAUAUCUGAAUAUUAGAACUAAUUUUUAACAGAAAGUACAGAUCUUUGCAGAUGCAUUUUCAAAGAUGUCCUUUUAUCAUUUUUUCCAACCUUGGGGUUUAGGGGUAUGCUGCUCAUCUCAUUCAUUAUUCCAAAUCUAGAGCUGUAAUGCAGUCCUAAGCAUCUUUGUAAGCCCUAUUGAAUUUAAUAGUGGUUACUCCUUAAUAAGUGUGUUUAGGAUUGUAGCCUUAAAGUAGAUAAAAUGAGGCUUUUGAAUCAUUAUUUGGACUAACUGAAGUUGGGGUGUGAGUAUGCAGGCUUUUGAGUUAUAGUAAACUCUUUGUAAAGUGGUUUGCAAAACACAGCACCACUUUCAAGCAUGUAUAUAGUGAGAAAAUAGGGUCAAGGUGCUAUAUUCUGGAGCAGGGCUCACCAGUAUAGUGCCCGUGGGUGCCCUGGCACCCACUGACACCUUUCAUGGAGCCUGCCAAGUGUUUUUCAGGAAGUGGAUGGGGCCAGAUGGGGCUUUUGCCUGGCAAGGUUUCUGAUUGGCCGUUGGAGAUCUGAUUGGCUGUGCAGAUCUUUUAAAGCUCUGCAAUGGUGGCAGUUGCCAUCAUAGCACAGAGAUCUUCACUGUGUGACUGAAGGUGAGAUGUGUGUAUAUGAGAAAACAUUUUAAACAAUAUGUUCAUUUUCAAAUGCAUGCUAUUAAACAGAACUUCUGCCUGACCUCAUGAAGAAUUAAUUACCAGUGGUUAUGCAUAAUAUCUAUUCUAAGGCAUUUUCACAUGGUGCUUGCUGUAAUUCAUGAAACUGCAAGUUCAGCUGAAAUAAUGUGAAUACUCUGUUAGUCUAGGCGACCUUCCUCGAGUAUUAUGUAUUAUGUGGGAGGGCAGUGAUUGUUCAAGUUGUGCUGGUUAGAGAGAUUUAAUUUCCUAGGAACCAUCUUCAAAAACAGACAUUGGAAGCUCACUGUAGAGUAAAUCAAAGUUAUUUGAACUGAUGUGCACUAAAUAAUUGGUUAUUUUAGAGUGGAAAUACAUUUAGAGUGGAACUAUAUGUUCACUGUGGCCAGAACUCAGGGGAUCAUAUGUGAGCAUUUCUCUGUUUAAGGGCUGUUGGUGUGCUCAAGUACCAUUUUUCUUUUAAAAAUAGCUUAAGCCAAAUCACCAAACUGCUUUUUGAAUUUUAGAGCCGUGGAAAUUUUGUGCGGGGUUACUGCCUGAAAUACUUUGGUGGGAAGAUCUGUGCUGCGUGAGCAUGAGACAGCAGACUGCUCUUUGCCUUGAUACUAGUUCGUUCUGGUUCUGUUCACAGUUCCCUUUACAAACAUGGUGAAUGUUGUUGUUUGUUACCAGGCACUAUCCAACAACUAUGCAUGCUCCUCUAACACCCACAUUCCAUACAGAACCCCCAAUUCUGAUGUUCUAGCAGGUGUGAAAAGCACGUUAUCAUCCUAGCAAAAACAUGUGAUGUGAGGAUUGAUCCUCAUGUCAUACAUUCCUUAGUUGCAGCAGCUCCAGAGAAUGCUGCCACUUUCAUGCAAUUGUGGUGGCCACAUGUACACUAAGCACCUGUGGGUGCUGUUUCACACACACAGCCACUGCUGGACAGUGGAUGGUAGUUGUAUGAACUGCCUUGAUUCCCUCAUCCUGCUAGAAAUGCAUCUGCAGGCACAAGUUUCCACAUGCAUUCUGUCCCUAUCUGAAUCAGGGCAUCUGCCUAGAAUAGCUCAUUGGUUACUGAAGAUGCAAACGUCUAAUAAUUCAACCUGUAUUCUCCUAUGAAAUGACUGGGUGCCCUCUUCCUUCUGUGACAGGGCUCUGGAUCAUCCUGGAUUAGAUUGGUUUAACAUGGCUAUAUAUUUCAGGAAAGGACAACUGGUGUGCUUGUAGCAUAAUGAAUGUGUGCAAAUACAUGUUAGAGCUUUUGAUGAAACUCAGGAAAUCCAUUGUUAAGGGCAACAAGUAUACGUUAAAGUAAUAAUCUCCCCCCACAGAUAUAUUAAUAAACCAUUGCUUUUAAAGUGUAUUUGCAAAACUGAUCUUGGCAAGUUGUCUACAGCUAGCAAAAUAUGUUAGUUAGCUACCUGUACAUUGAUUUGUGUCUGUACAAGUUGCAGAGCAUAAGCUUAGGCAUGACUAGGCAAUGGGGUUAAAAACAGAAGAACAUUUUGCAUUUUCCCAAAUACCUCUGUGAUGGCAUAGGAGUACAUGAAGGUUGAACAUGGCUUAAUAGUACUAGCAUUGGUUUCUCUGCUGGAUUCCCUCCUGUUAUGCUGUAUCCAGUCGACCAUACUCAUUCCAGUCCACUGUUGACAGUGUGAUGAGUAUAAACAUAUAUUGGGACAGAAGGAGGUUGACUGCAGGGAACACAGCUUGUUAAUCCCUUCCAGCUAAAUUCCAGAGGGUUGGCUGUGUUAAGGCUGCUUCAUGUAUUUGAUGAAUUGAGCUCUGGCUUGCAAAAACAUAUGACACUAUGAAUUCAUUAGUCUUUAAGGUGUUACAACACUCUAUAACACUGUUGAUUCUCCUGUCCUACUUACUUAUCAGUGUGUUGUUCCCUGCAAAAUGAAGGGUGACUUUCCAGUCUAGUCAGUUUCUCUCAUGAGGGAAACUAGAGAAUGGUCGCAAUGCCUUGCCAUUCUACUCUUGAGAAUUUACUGAGUCAGUCAGCCCUGCUAAGGGCUAUAAAUGUGGACAUAUAAACAUGUAGAUAAAUGCUCCUUUUCAUGUUACGUUGUGUUGCUUACUAAUCCUCAGUUGCAGGUCUCUUUCAAAAUGCUGUUACAGUGGAAAAUCAGACAGUCUACCUGAACUCCCUGAUUGUAUUUCCAUACUUGGUUCCUUUAUUCUUUAGAAGCAGAGAAACCUGGUACUAGAUGUGUUGUUCCUAAACUGUGUGGAUUGGAUCUAAUCAUUAUGUGAGUAGAAGCUUUUGCACAGAGAUCUGUCCUGUUCCUGCUCCCCACCCUGCACUCCAAAAACUCUCAGUUGUGGGUCAAGGGAGCCUGUUUGACAAAGUGCCAUGAGAUAUUGGAAGGAGGGAGAAUCCAGUAAAAUUGCCCUCCAUCACUCCUGCAUGCACACAGCAAGCUCAGAUCAAGACUUGCUGUACUUUCCCACAAGUGAUUGAGGGUGAUUUUUGUCCAGUCCUCAUUGCAACACCUAAUGCCACAUGGCACUUGGUCCACAAGAUUGCCUGACCCUCACAGUACAAUAACCAGUAGGAAGGAUCCACUCAGAGGGCAUUUCAACCACACUUAAAUGGUUCUGUUGCUUUCAAGGGGAGAGAAGCAUAUGCUUGACAUUCUCAUUUAAAUUGAUGGACUUUACAGUGUUUAACUUUAGCUAGAUUGUUGCCAGAUAUUCAAUGAUGUCUGUAGGCACAAUUCACUAAGAACAUUUUAAGAAGUCUUUCAUUAGGACAUAGUUGUCUCAUCACUCAGCUUUCAUUACUUGAAACCUUUUGAGAGAUUAUAAAAUCUUCAGACAGUUUCACAGUGACAUUAUUUUUUAAAAUUAUUAAUCUGCUUCAGUUGUGUUAAAUUUACUUGCUGGCACAGGUGACCAUAAUUUUACUGAAGGCUUAAUAAAAAGAUCUUUAGUUAUCAAGUUGGUGCUAGUGUUAGAAUAGCACAAGAGAAUUGUAUAUUUCUGUUCUGCAUUACGACUGAUAUGAGACUGUAUAUAUUUUCAAUAUGUAUACAUUAAAUUAUUAAGUUCAAAGUGUCUGUGUGUGUGUGUUAAAUAUGAGAUGGCUUCAUCAACCAUGUUAUACAGAAUCAGACCAUUUGUCUAGUAUUGUCUGUUCUGGUUGACAGAGAAUCUCUAGCAAAAAUCUGUCCCAGCCCUACUAUCUUUUAAACUGGAGGAGAAUUGAACCUGGGACCUUUUGAAUGCAAACCUGAAGCUGUUAAUAUUACACUGGUACAUGUUAGGACAUUCCUCUCAUUAAAUCCUGGAUGGCCACUGUUUUGCUUGUAACUAAUAUAUAACUCCCCCCAGCAAGUGAAGACUUUGUCUUGUUUGGCAUAGUAA